AUGCGGUGCCUGAACAUGAUCAUGGCAGAAUCACUGGGCCUCGUCACCAUCUGCCUUUUAGGAUAUCUACUCAGUGCUGAAUGUACAGUUUUUCUUGAUCGUGAAAAUGCCACCAAAAUUCUGAAUCGGCCAAAGAGAUAUAACUCAGGUAAAUUAGAAGAGUUUGUUCGGGGGAACCUUGAGAGAGAAUGUAUGGAAGAAAAGUGUAGUUUUGAAGAAGCACGAGAAGUCUUUGAAAACACUGAAAAAACUACUGAAUUUUGGAAGCAAUAUGUAGAUGGAGAUCAGUGUGAGUCCAAUCCAUGUUUACAUGGUGGUGUGUGCAAGGAUGACAUUAAUUCCUAUGAAUGUUGGUGUCAACCUGGAUUUGAAGGAAAGAACUGUGAAUUAUAUGCAACAUGCAGCAUUAAGAAUGGCAGAUGCAAGCAGUUUUGUAAAAACAGUGCUGAUAACAAGGUGAUUUGUUCCUGUACUGCCGGAUACCGACUUGCAGAAGACCAAAAGUCCUGUGAACCAGCAGUGCCAUUUCCAUGUGGAAAAGUUUCUGUCUCACAUGCUUCUAUGAAGGUCACCCGUGCUGAGACUAUUUUUUCCAAUAUGAACUAUGAAAAUUCUACUGAAGCUGAAACAAUUUGGGACAACAUCACUGAAUUUAAUGACUUGAAUCGAGUUGUUGGUGGAGAAAACGCCAAACCAGGUCAAUUCCCUUGGCAGGUCCUUUUGCACGGUAAAAUUGCUGCAUUCUGCGGAGGUUCCAUCAUUAAUGAAAAAUGGGUCGUAACUGCAGCCCACUGUAUUGAACCUGGUGUUAAAAUUACCGUUGUUGCAGGUGAACAUAACACUGAGGAGAUCGAUCAUACAGAGCAAAAGCGAAAUGUGAUUCGCGCUAUUCCUCACCAUAGCUACAAUGCAACUCUUAACAAAUACAACCAUGACAUUGCUCUUCUGGAACUGGAUAAACCAUUAACGCUAAACAGCUAUGUAACACCUAUUUGCGUUGCCGACAAGGACUACACGAACAUCUUCCUGAAAUUUGGAUCUGGCUAUGUGAGUGGCUGGGGGAGAGUCUUCAGCAGAGGAAGAUCAGCUUCAAUUCUUCAGCACCUUAAAGUUCCACUUGUUGACCGAGCCACAUGCCUUCGGUCCACAAAGUUCACCAUCCAUAAUAACAUGUUCUGUGCUGGCUUCCAUGAGGGAGGUAAAGAUUCAUGCCAAGGAGAUAGUGGGGGACCCCAUGUUACUGAAGUGGAAGGCACCAGUUUCUUAACUGGAAUUAUUAGCUGGGGUGAAGAGUGUGCAGUGAAAGGCAAAUAUGGAAUAUAUACCAAGGUAUCCAGGUAUGUCAACUGGAUUAAAGAAAAAACAAAGCUCACUUAAAGAAAAAUGUAUAUCCAAGGUUGACAUAUUUGGGAUUGAAGAUGGAAAAGGUCCUUUACUAACUAAUCAAUUUCUCAUCUCUUUCAAUUUGAACAUACACAUUCUAUGAAUAUUCCUUUUUCUCUUUACGGGGAGAAGUCUAUCUAGAAUUCAUAUUUUACUAGAAUAAGCAGGUUAGAAAAUGUAAUCACUAGAGAAAUAUACUGCGAUAGGAAAUUGUGACCUUCCUACAGGUCCAGCCCUUGACAAAACUGUGAAGUUAAGUUCUUCCUUCUGCCUAUCAGGCAUUUUUUUCUGCACCGGGGCAACUUCCUGAUUUUCCCUCCUUAGCGGCAUUCCAUGUUCCAGACCCUUCUUACAUCUCCCACCAAAACAUCAAAAUUUAUUAGAUCUGUAUCCAGGAUAUUUGACGUAGUCCAUCACAAGGCCAGCACCACACUCAUAAAGGAAGAACACAGGAGCAGCUGACAGGUUUAAAACUCAUCAAAAACACGACUUCUUUCUCCGUAUGCUUAUUCCUGCAUCCUUUAUCUUCUCCAGCUCCUAAUUCCCCAAUCAGUUUUUCUCUUUUUCUCUCCUUCUCUCCCCUUUUCCCUACACAGGCAUUUCAGUUUGGUCUUGGACUUGCUUUUCAGAACAUAGGGAUGAAGUAAGGUGCCUUAAGAACUUGGGGGAAGAGUUCCUCUCAGAGACUCAAGUGAUUCAAACACAUAAUGGAAGGAAUGACCUUCCUUCUAUUCAGAAUAAUUCCGUAAGAGCUUGCAAUUGUGUUGUUAUGGAGGUCUGACUAGAGAUGAGUCCGUGAAGGCAAACCGACAUGUCAUGUCAUUGUGACUAAGAAAGCUGUUAUCAACCCAGGUGUAUCGUCCCCCAUCUGAAAUAAUGAAAACAGAAAGAGAAGAGUCAGUUUGCAAUCUAGAACUAGUAGAGUCUUCAAGGAAGAAUUCAUCACUGUGUCUCCAGUAUUGUCCAGGGCAAAGAAAGAGGUUGCCUGGAUCAGAGAACAUGAGCAUCAUAUCUCCUUAACUGGUGUAUCCCCACACUCCCCACAGAGGAGAAGGGUGCACCAGAUCCAGAGAUAGAGGUCAUUCCAAUGAGCCAAACAACUGCCCCUUUUCUGGUUUCAUGCUCACCAAGCAAUUUUUUUAUUAUAAUUAGUGCUUCUAUAUGUAUUGAAUUUUCUAGAGGGUUGCUGACCAACCAACACAUGUACUUUGAUCUAUUAGAAUAUUUCCCUUUAUGAAUUAAUAAACUGGUAUUCUGGUUCAGCCCUUCA